AUGAUGCUUAGUUUUGUGCGCUUGGCGUUUUUGUUUUCGUUGUUGGGAGCUGUUCUCGGUGAUGUGACGGUGGUUAGUCCGGAACGGGGACAGACGUUCUCGGGAAGCUCGGGUACUGUCAGUAUUACGGUGGAGUGGAUGGAUAACGGAGCGUAUCCGCCAACUAACAGGAUCACGUCGUAUGAUUUCACGUUGAACUAUGGGCCAAAUGACAAUAUUGACGCAGUUGGACCCAUUAGAAGGCGUGUUGCGGCAAGCGAUGUGACACGUUCGUCCAACAAUGUGUACUCGUACACGGUUUCAUUCCGAUCCGAUUUUUGCGGUAACGGUCAGUAUUAUAUCCAAGUUUUCAGUGCAGUUGAUGGGAGCCGUGAUUCCUACACUAUCAACUACUCUCCUAGAUUUAGACUAACAUCGAUGCAGGGAAGCACGACGUUUACGUACACCGAUACGACUCAACCGGGUGGUCAAACACGGGCGUAUACCAAUACACAGACUUCAUCAGCAAGCAUCGACACCAGAUCUUUUACAGUCCCAUAUCCUAUGCAAACAGGCAUUUCCAGAUUUGCGCCAAUGCAACUACAGCCUGCUACAAGAAUGACAGCAACUACGUGGACGAGAAGAUUCACCUCAAGUGCUGUAACCUACUACUCUACAUUCCGUACAACCUUAGAUCAAGUGACCACCAUUACUCCAGGUUGGUCUUACACGCUGCCUAGUGGUUUCAACAGAGCAAGCCCUGCUCUCUACCCAUCUCAAAAUGGUGGUGGGUACGACCCAAAGGAAAAACAAAGCUUAUCUACACGAAAAAUUAACCAACCAAAUAGAAAUGGGGGGUCCUCAUCGAGCUCAGAUACGAGCUCGAGCUCAAACUCUUAA